UCAUACUCCUUUUGUUUGUUUCCAAUAAUAAACAUUGACCUACUUUCCUUACCUUGCCUUAUAAGCACUAUUUCUCUCUUUCUCAAUCUUUCUUUCUUCUCUUCCUCUUCUGUCUUUGCAGCCAAGCUCAAUACAUGUCCAGAGACAGUCUUUAUAGCAGGGAGAUCAUAAGAUUGAAUGAGAUUAUAGGAGAGAAGAUCAUCGGGAGAGAAAGUGACAUUCAUUUCACAUCUGCAGCUGAUCAAAUGGUAAUGAUGAGUCGACAGAACGACCAAAUGAGUCAACUUCCAGGGAUGACGACUUUGAACACAAUCACACCUUGUGCUGCAUGUAAGCUCUUGAGAAGAAAAUGUGCUGAAGAAUGCCCUUUCUCUCCCUAUUUCUCCCCACAUGAACCCCACAAAUUUUCAGCUGUCCACAAAGUCUUUGGUGCAAGCAAUGUCUCCAAGUUGCUAAUGGAGGUGUCAGAGAACCAAAGAGCUGAUGCUGCAAAUAGUCUGGUUUAUGAAGCAAACCUGAGAUUGAGAGACCCGGUGUACGGAUGCGUGGGUGUAAUUUCAACCUUGCAGCAAAAAAUUCAAUCUUUACAAACAGAACUUCAUGCUGUUAGGACCGAAAUGUUAAGCUACAAGUAUAAAGAAGCACCUAGUCAGAUCGUUUCUUCUAGAGAUCAUAUUCAUCCUCAUCAUGCUGCUGCUGCUUUAGUUUCUUCUGGGAUGGUGUCUAUUGCUGCACCACCGCAAUCAAUUUUGACAUCACCACCGGCUGCUCCUCCAUCUUCCGUUAUCUUUUCUUCGUCUUCUUCAACUUCAACUUCUUCUUUAUAUACACCCUCGACAAACACAACGGGUUAUAGUUCCUUGUCAAGCGACAAUCUCCCGUAUUUUGAUUAAAAUGCAUGAUAGCCUCAUUAGCCUAGC